UUUUGCACUCACCUUAACACUACACCAGAUAAAUGAUAUAAAAGCCCACACUGAAAUGAUACAAAUAUUAAAAACAAAUCAACUUUAGAAAUAUUCAGAUUAAAAGAGUUUUUAAAAAGUAUUUUGAAAAAGAAAUGCCUUGCAAAGGAUGUAAUAAAGACUGUAAAUGCACUUUUCAAAAGUGUGGUGAGAAAUGUGACUGUGCCAACCAGUGCAAGUGUCAUAGCAAAGUAAGUCACAGUCAUCAUGGCCAUGGUCAUGAACAUGAUCAUUGUCACGAAGGACACACUCAUGACAGGGAAGAGCAUCAUCAUAGCCACUGUAAUGAGGGACAUACCCAUGAUGAAUUCUGCACUAAAUAAAAAUCUCAUAUCUAUCAAAAGUAAUUACAUUUGAUAAUAUACCAAAAACAAGUUAUAAAUAAUUUCUCUUUCAACACAUCUAAAACAAAAACACAUUAAAACUAUAAAUAAAUAAAAUUACACAAAAAUUA